AAUUGGUGUUUUUUUAGUUAAGUAGUGGACAAGAUCUGCUGCGACCUAAAAAAAGCCGAUGUCUGUGAGAGCCGUGGGCUCACGCCCUUGGGAACGCGCAUAAAACGAGGAAUCAAGAAAAAAAGGCGACCGAAGAAAACGGUUGUUUCAGUCAAGAUAGGGACAAUCUUGAUUGAUAUUUUUUUGCGCCAAUUUUGUGUGUGAAAAAAUGCCGAGACCACUCUGAGACAAAAGACCCUCGGUGAGGAUGGCUAUUGCCUGCUAUUGUAAGGUGUAAUCUGAAAAGCAGGUGCUUUCUGGAUAGGAAAGUAGAAGUCGCUUGAAUUUCAGUUGUAGAGAAAAAGCCACAUAGAGAAUAAACAGUUAUAUUAUGAUACACACAGGCAUCGAAUUCGAAUAAAAAAAGAAAAAUAAAAAAUUUUGUUUGUACGAGAAGUUCAUUUACCGUAGACAUUUCGACUUGCAAGAGCGCGCAUUUCUCCUAACUAUGACGGUGUUGGAUGAAGCUCAAGAUUACUCUGAAUACCUAACAUUUGCAGAAGGCCUUGCACGGCAAGCUGCAGACAUAUUUCGGACUGGGUUUGAACAGUCAACUAGCAAUGUUCAGUUGAAGGGGGCUGUAGAUUUGGUCACUGAUACAGACCACUCUAUAGAGAACUACAUAAUUAAUUCGAUCAAGACGCGGUAUCCUGAUCACUUGAUCGUAGCCGAAGAAAGUGUGGCCGCGGGCGAUAUGAACAAAGAGAUCACAGAUGUACAGACGUGGAUAGUUGAUCCAGUAGAUGGGACGACUAAUUUCGUGCAUCGCCUGUGUAUGACAUGCAUUUCGAUAGGCCUUGCAAUUAAAAAGCAGGUUGUGGUAGGUGUGGUUUUCAAUCCUAUUAUGAACGAGCUGUUUACGGCGGUUCGCGGCCAGGGUGCUCGUCUCAAUGGCAAGCUGUUGCACGUCUCUUCCACGGACAAUCUAAAAUCUGCAUUAGUUGCUACAGGAUUCCCUUACAACAGAAGCGAUCAGUUGAUCGAUCAUAUUUUGCUGAACUGUAAGGUUGUGCUAAAAAACUGUCGGGACAUCCGACGACUGGGCUCUGCUGCCUUGGAUAUGUGCUAUGUUGCUAGGGGCAUCUUCGAUCUUUAUUACGAAACGGGCGUGCAGCCUUGGGAUGUCGCUGCCGCCUCCUUGAUUGUAGAAGAAGCAGGUGGACAUGUCAUGGACAUGUACGAUUCCGCAUUUCAUUUGGGAUUAGGACGCAUUGCGUGUGGAAACCCGGGGUUGGUCAAAAAGCUUAAUCAAGUUCUCGUUCGCCCUCAAGAUUAAACGAUAACAAUAACGAAUUAUUUUUAAAAAAAAUUGUGGACUUUAUAUAGAUAACGACUUUACAUAUACGCGA